GCCAGUUCUCCAACUUCACCUUCUCUGCCUUUAGAAACCUGAUCAUGUCCACUCUUCGAAAUGCCGUUCAGCGGCGCAACCACAAAGAAAGAGGUCAGCUUGCCUCAAGAGAGAGACUAGGUCUUUUGGAGAAGAAGAAGGACUAUGUUCUUCGUGCCAAAGAUUUCCAUUCUAAGGAAAAGCGUCUCAAGGCACUCCGAGAGAAGGCAGCGCAGAGAAAUCCCGAUGAAUUCUACUUUAAAAUGAUUAAUUCAAACACCAAGGGUGGUAAACACAUUACAGAACGAAAUGCAGCGCUGCCAGUAGAAAUGAUCUCCAUGCUCAAAUCGCAAGACAAAAAUUAUAUCAAGACCCAGCGUGAAAUCAGUAAAAAGAAAAUGCAACGUCUGCAAGAAAGCUUACAUUUCAUCGACGAGCAAGAUAUGGACGACGAAGACAUGUUGGCAGGAUUUUCAGAUGAAGCCGAAGAUGAGGAAGAAGAACAAACCCAAAAAUCAAAAAAGUCCAACCAUGUUGUUUUUGUAGACACGGAAGAAGAAGUUAAAAAAUUCAACCCUGCCAAGCACCUCAACACCUUGCCGGAACUAGUUAAUCGAAAAUUCAACCGGCCGACCGUUGAUUCAUUGAAGAAAAAUGUUAUUGCUAAUGCUUCAGUCGAUUCUGAUGAUGAGAAUGAAAAGGAAAUGAAAAAGGCCCGGAGAAUGAAGUACAAAGAGCUGGCCUCUCGUAUCGUGAGAGAGCAGCAGCUGUCGAAGGCAGAAAGAGAGAUAGAGAUACAGCGUGCCAUUCAGUCUAAAGGAAAGAAAAAGAGAGUUGGCACCGAUGAAAAUGGAUUGCCCGUCUACAAGUGGAAGGCAGACCGCAAGAAAUAAAUGUUAACCCAUGUAUAUAUCUCCCCUUUGCAAAUCAUAAUAGCAUAUUAUCAUUUAAAUUUGUCUCGU